UUCUUAAGGAGUGGAGGGAGCUUUCUCUUAAACAAUGAUGAAAACCGAAGGCAAGGGGGAAAGGACUUUAAGAAGUGCUUCUCCACACCGAAAUGCUUACAAAUCUGAUUUCCAUGCUAUCAAAUGCUCUUUUGAUGGUGUAAACAAUCCUGACAACGCUUCCAACAAAACAGGCUUGCAUCAGAAGCUGAGCACCUCUUCCAAUGGAGGGGGAAGUGACCCACACAGUCGAGGCAGAGCUGCCACUUACGGCAACAGAGUACACAAGAUCAAAAAUAUGUUUCUGCAAAUGGGAAGCUCUUCCUCUUGUGAAAGCAAUCCACCUGCUGAGACUAAACUGAUCAGCCGGGCCGCAGCAGCGGAGCAUGGUUCUUCUCCAGGUAGUCCAUCUUUUCUCAUUGUCCAAAAAAAUAAUCUUCUGAAUACAACUACCAGCCCCAGUGGCAGUCCUGUGGAUUCAUUAUCCGUGUCUUCUGCUGCUGACAAAGUCAUCCGUAGCAGCGAUGAGGUAGAUUUGGACAAAGUAGCCCUGGCAGAAAAAUUUUCAGAGACCAGGAAGCUCUUCGAGAGAAAUAUAAAACAACGGAGCUCAGUGGACAGAUACUCCCCCAGCAAAUGUGAAAGAAGUGAAGAUAAGAGGAGACACGGUUCAGCUUCUGAUUGCAGCAAUGUGGUGGACCACUUCAGUUUUAAUACAGAAGCAAGUCCUGCAGUUGCCCUGGAGAAAGUUGAAAAUCAAAAUAGUGAGGAGUUGAAGCAGCAACAUGCUAAUAGUGGUUCCAGAUCUUCCUUCCUGAAUGCAGGGCCCAUUUCUAGGAGGCUGGAAAGCUUUCUGGGUGACAGUGAUACCGAAGAAUCCAAAGAAACUUCCAAAAAUGAUAGUUCUCCAAAUCAGGACCCUUUGAGAGGCCAGCAGACUUUGAAUUCAUCUGCUAUUGCUGAAGGAUGUCUGGAGAAAGGUGCACUCCACAAAGUGCCUGAGAUCUGCAGAGAUGAGCCGAGCAAGGCACUGGGAAAAGACAAAAGAGAGCAACUGGUACUUGAGAGAAGCCCGUGGAAUAUGGGCAAUGUGCCUGCUCAGGAGGCUGAGCAGAUAUCAGAUACUGUUUGCUCCUGGGUUUCUCCCACAGAGGUGACUUGCACAGAGCUGGUUGCACAAGAUGAAACCUUAGGGCAUGAAAAAAAAGGUUUGGAGAAAGAUCAUGUUGAUCAAGAGAAUCAGAAGCUCGUAUGUGAUGUACAGGAAGGGAAGAGAAGCGACUAUGCCUUGGAAGUGGUGGAAGAGUUUACGGAUGGCAGCAAGACCAGUUGGGAAGAAGAAGGAGAUGGGAUGGCUGUAAGAGAUGGUCCAGUUUCACAAGUACAGGAUGUUCUAGAGCAGGAAGAGGAUACUGAAGAAGAGGAGCAAACGUUAGAAAAGCAAAGUAAGGACUUCAGUGAUUUUGGAAUAGAGAAUGCAGCUUUUGAUGAUGACAGGGACACAGAGCCAGAAAACCAAGAGCCUGAAGGCAAAGAAAUUUUGGAAGGAGAGGAGGACUAUAUGUAUGACAGCGAGUAUGAGGAAUUUCCUGGACUUUCUGAAGAGGAAGAUCCAGCGCCAGACCGAAAAGUCAAGUUCUCAACAGCUCCUAUCAAAGUUUUCAGUACUUACUCAAAUGAAGACUAUGAUAGACGUAAUGAAGAAGUCGACCCUGUGGCCGCCUCAGCUGAGUAUGAACUUGAGAAAAGGGUGGAAAAAAUGGAAGUGUUUCCUGUGGAAAUUGAAAAAGGUGACAGGGGUCUGGGCAUCAGUAUCAUUGGAAUGGGAGUUGGUGCUGAUCAGGGACUGGAAAAACUAGGUAUUUUUGUAAAAACAAUAACAGAUGGUGGAGCUGCUCAGAGGGAUGGACGAAUUCAAGUAAAUGAUCAGAUUGUUGAGGUUGAUGGCAUAAGUCUAGUGGGAGUUACUCAGUUCUUUGCAGCCACUGUACUAAAGAACACCAAAGGCACCGUGAGGUUCCUGAUUGGGAGAGAGAAGCCAGGGGCUGAGAGUGAAGUAGCCCGUCUCAUUAGUGAGACCUUAGAGCAAGAGAGAUGUCUGUAUGAGCAGCACUAUGUUCAUGAUGAUACAGAGCAGGAUGAUGACUAUGAUGAUGAGGAGGAUGAUACAUAUGAGUCCCAUUUACAUGGAAAAUCUGUAGAAGUUUUUGAUCUUCCUGAAAAUGAAGAUAUUGGUUUACUACUGGAUAUGGAUUCAGCAGAGUCUCUUCUUAAAUUUAAAGAGCUGCAAUUAAAACAUGCAGUAACAAUAGCUGAAGUGAAUCAACUGAAGGAGAAAUUAAAAGUUGUUGAAGCAGAAAAAAAUGAAUGGAAAUUUAAUCGAGCCCAGCUACAGCAAAACUUGGAUGAAAGCAAAGAGAAAAUUAAAAAGUUAGAGACCUACUGGUUAGAGGCACAAAAUUUAUGCAAAACAGUAAAUGAGCGUCUUAAAGAGACUCAAGAACAAUGUGAUGCCCUUGAAAAGAAAUACAACAAGGCCAAGAAAUUGCUUAAAGACUACCAACAAAAAGAAAUAGAAUUUAUGAAGAAAGAAGAAGAUCAUUCAAAGCUACUUGAAGAGAGAGACCAGAAAUAUGCAGAACAACUGAAAAUAUAUCAGGAAAAAAUUUCAGAGCUUGAAAAUAAGUUGAAAGCAUAUGAGAAAAUGCCUUAUGUGUUUGAAGGUGGCAGUUCAUUGGAAGAUGGCUGUCAAAGUCCAGACCAAUCUAAUGAACAGUCAAAGAUAAAAGAAGACAAUGAAAAAGAAACCAAAUCAAUAGAAGAAAGAAUAAAUUCUUUAGAUAUGCUGAUUUCGGAUUUUGAUGCUUUUGUUGGGGAUACUCCCAGAUUAGACACCAGUGCCCACAAAGCAAAAGCUCAGCUUGCUUUGAAAGUAAAACGCCAGCCACCUUCUCGAUCAAAGCUGAAAGAAUCUCUUGGGGGUGGACAACAGACUGUAAAUCUGCAGGAUGAAGAUUCAGAAGACCACGUUCUCAAUAGAGAAUCUUCCACUAUGUACCUAACUAAGACCUUAGAAACAGGUGAAAAAUUACCUCUCCCAUGCUUGGAUGGCACAGAUCGAAAGAGUGAAAAGCCUGAGAAAAGAGAAAGCACAGAAAGUCCUCUAGAGUCAAGUCCUUCUGCUUCCACACACUCUUCUCCAGUGCACAAACCAAACAAUGAAAAUAGCACAACCACCGCUCGUUCACCUCCUCCUGAAGGGAUGACUCCAAAUUCUCCUCAAGGGUAUCUCAAGAAUGUUAAGCAAAGAGAAGCAAAAGGGAAAGGGAAAGAAGCCAAGGAAGAAAGGAAAAAUGAAGACAGGACAGCAGAAACAAAUGAAGGAAUUCCAUCAGGGAAGUCCAAAAGGAGAUUUCCAGAUUUUGGUGGAUUGCGGAAAUCUGGGGGCAAGGGUAAGAAGCAAGAAAAAGAAAAUCUAAGAGGUUCUCUGGAUAGCAGAGGUUCCCGAGAACUUUUGGAUGACUCUGGCAACAAUCUAUCUGCAUCAGAUUCAGAUUCCCCUGUUCCUACUUGCAUGCCUUUUUCUUGGUUUGGAGACAGCCACAAAGAGCCCCAGGUUUCAAGUGGCAGUCUGCAGGUUACUCAGAGUGGGCAGGAUGGUUGUGAGCAUGGUCAAGACAAGAACAGAAGCAAGAGUAGAAUUGUCAUAGAUGAUACAUACCAUAGCAAGCCAAGUUGUGAACUUUCAGGGUUAGUGACAGAACCAAAUCUGUCAGGUCGUUCACACACUUUAACCUUCUCUUCAAAUGAGGCAUUGGAUGAUGAAUUUACAACAACAGGAAAGCAAAAUCAAUGGCACAGUAGACCUAUUUCUGAAUGGACCACCCAGCAAGUAUGCCACUGGUUAAUGGGAAUGAACAUGGAGCAGUAUAUCACAGAGUUCACAGCUAUGAAUGUAGAUGGACAGCAGUUGAUGCAGCUCGACAGUGAGAAGUUGAAGGCUUUGGGAGUUUCCAGUCAAAAUGACCGAUCAACAAUAAAGAAAAAGAUUAAGGAUAUUAGAAAAACACAGGAAAAACUGGAAAAGCAGAAGGAAAAGGUUCAAAAGAAGGAGAAAGAAGUUCGCAAGACUGGCAGAGUUGUGGCCACUCUUGAAUCAAGCUGCUAAAAUGACCAUUUUAUUUUAGUGCAGACUUGCCUAAUCUUGAGGAAGUUCAGCAGAUUUGUAUAUAAUUGUACAAUUGAGGGAGGAGGGAAAGUGCAACAGUUCAACGUGGUAGGUGGUUUUUUACUUUUUAAUUGUGGUCCCUCCCCAUUACAGCCCAAUAAAAUGAAAUAAUGUCUU